CAGCAGAACCUAGAGAGGAAAGUGGUAUCAUCUGGCCACUUCACACUAUGUUGUUUGUCGUCCGGAACAGGUCGUUUAAACGUAUCGCUGAUUAUCAUCAAGACAUUGUUUAGCCGAGACGUGUUUAAAUCAAACCGACACCAUCUAUCUUUUUGUCCACGAAAUCUUCGACAAGUACUACGCAUUUCGACACGUCUCUGAUCAAUCAAAUCGAAAGUCUAAACACUGUUAAAGAAAAAAGUCCAAACCUACACCAGGAAGAAAAGAAGCAAACAAACACCAUGAAAUUGAGGUUAAGAUCUGUGGAAUCAAAAGAAACUGUUAAAUUAGAAGUACCCAAUGACUGCAAUCUUCAACAACUCAAAGAAACCCUAAUUCUUGCCCUCUCUUCUUCUUCUUCUUCUUCUUCUUCUUCCUUGCAUUUCUCUCUCAACAGAAAAGAUGAGCUCUUAUCAUCGUCCUUGCAAGAUUCUCUGCAAUCUCUCGGUAUCACCUCCGGUGAUUUAAUCUAUUUUACACAAAAACCAGAUGGGCUUUUUUCUCCUUCUCAACAAACCCAACAACGUACUUUUCAAGAAUCUGAAUCUUUUGCUCAAGAAAAUGCUGCUCAGCUUAAUAUUAAAGAACCCAGUUCAAAAGAAAUUGAGAUAUCUGAAGAAUUGGAGGUUAUUGGAUUGAAUUGCUCGAAUCAAGAAACCUCAUUUCAAGAUUCUUCUAUAAAAGAAACUCGUCAAGGUCUGCCUGCUGUGUCCAACACCCAAUUCGGAGAAACCCUAGAAAACGACCAAGGGUAUGCCAGGGGGGAUGACGUGGAUGUUGGUACUGAGUCUGCUGAUGUAGAUGUUAAGAGUAAGAGGAUAUCUGAGCCGUGUUUCUUGAAGAGGGUAUUAGGGGAAGAAGAUUUUGCUGUUGAUUUUAGUGACAAUAAGCUCUUGUUUAUAGCAAUUCAUGCUGUUUUCUUAGAAUCUGGAUUUGUUGGGUUUGAUUCAGUAUCUGGGUUGCGAGUCGAUUUGUUUCAUCUUCUGCAAGAGCAGCCUUUAAUGAAUUUCACUACAUCGGUUAGCUACACUCUUCCUGAACUUUUAGAUAAUGAUAAUGUUAUUGAUUCUGUUGUUUUGAAAUUUCAGACUUUAGGGCAAUUUGUCAAUGUAUAUGGGUCUGUUGCCAAGAGUCGAUCUUUGGUGUAUAGAUCAUGCUUGGAUAAAUGUAGAUAUGUGCCAGCUAUUGGUUCCAUCUGGAUUACAUGGGACAAGAGUGACACGGCUUAUGAGAACAACUCCUACACUGAAAAUGUUGUUUUUGAGUUGUGGAAAAUUGUGAAGGAUCAGCUUGCUUUGCCAUUGUUAAUAGAUCUUUGUGAAAAGACUGGUUUGGUUCUCCCACCAUGCUUGAUGCGUUUGCCAGCUGAUAUAAAGCUCAAGAUUUUGGAGUCGCUUCCUGGCAUUGCUAUUGCAAGAAUGGCUUGUGUUUGUAAAGAGAUGCAAUACUUGUCUUCCAGCAAUGAUUUGUGGAAGCAAAAAUAUGGAGAGGAAUUUGGAAGUGGGACACUGCAACAGGAAAUGGUCAAUUGGAAAGUGAAGUUUGCUUCUUCUUGGGAAAACAGGAAGAAGCGGAGGAAAAGAUCAUUUGUCCGGCCUACACCAGUGAAUUUCAUAAGAAGUGAACCUUAUCGAUUUAUGGUUCCUCCGCAAAUUGGCAGUAGAAUUAUCAUAGGUGGUGAUUACGACAGGUUGCCAGGCCUUGGUGUCCCCCCUCCUUUUGGACAGCCUGGUCGGAAUCUCAGAAAUAUAGUGCGACGAAAUAUUUCCCCUAACUGUAAUCUUGGAGGAUUCAAUGCGCAGGCAAAACAUGGGUAAUCCGAGGUCUCCUUCAGAUCAUGGUUGAGUGCUGCAAAUGAACUAGUUUGGACAUUUUUCUACACAUGUUAAAUAGUGUAAUCAAUCAACUGUACUGCUUGGUCUACUAGGCUGGCUGUAAGGAGCACUUAAAUAUCUCCAAGUCUGUUUUUCAUGUUUUUAUAUAUAAUAUAAUGUGUAUAUAUGUUUGGACCCCUAAAAUGUGCCCUUUUAAUAAGUUUAAAGGGAUGGUUCUUUUUA